CCGGUGGCCGAGCCAUGGCGGGCGAGGAAGACUGCGGGGACGGGGAGCCGGUAUCUGUGGUGACCGUAAGGGUGCAGUACUUGGAAGACACCGACCCCUUUGCAUGUGCCAACUUCCCGGAGCCACGCCGGGCCCCCACCUGCACUCUGGACGGAGCGCUGCCUCUGAGCACUCAGAUAGCCGCACUGCACCGCCUGUUGGGGGCGCCACUUAAGCUGGAGGACUGUGCCCUGCAAGUGUCUCCCUCUGGAUACUACCUGGAUCUGGAGUUGUCCUUGGAAGAGCAGCGGGAGAUGCUGGAGAGCUUCUAUGAAGAGAUCAGCAAAGGGCGAAAGCCCACAGUGAUCCUGCGGACCCAGCUCUCCGUGAGGGUCAACACUAUCUUGGAAAAGUUGUAUGGCUCCAGUGGCCCUGAACUCCGCCGCUCUCUCUUCUCACUGAAGCAGAUCUUCCAGGAAGACAAGGACUUGGUGCCUGAAUUCGUGCACUCAGAGGGGCUGAAUUGCCUGAUCCGUGUGGGUGCUGCUGCUGAUCACAACUACCAGAGCUACAUUCUUCGAGCCCUGGGCCAGCUGAUGCUCUUUGUGGACGGGAUGCUGGGGGUGGUGGCCCACAGUGAGACAGUGCAGUGGCUAUAUACACUGUGUGCCAGCCUGUCCCGCUUGGUGGUGAAGACAGCUCUGAAGCUGCUGCUAGUUUUUGUAGAAUAUUCUGAGAGCAACGCACCGCUUUUCAUCCAGGCAGUGAACUCUGUGGCCAGCACCACAGGUGCUCUCCCCUGGGCCAAUCUGAUAUCCAUCCUAGAGGAGAAGAACGGUGCUGAUGCAGAGCUAUUGGUGUACACUGUCACUCUCAUCAACAAGACGCUGGCGGCACUCCCGGACCAGGACUCCUUUUAUGACGUGACAGAUGCACUGGAGCAGCAGGGCAUGGAAGCGCUGGUCCAGCGCCACCUGGGCACCGCUGGCACCGACGUCGACCUGCGCACACAGCUUAUGCUCUACGAGAGAGCCCUGCGGUUGGAGGAUGGAGACAUGGAGGAAGCUGCAGCCGCUGCAGCUGCGGGUGGUCGACGGGAGCGAAGAAAGCCCUCUUCAGAGGAGGGCAAGAGGAGCCGCAGAUCUCUGGAGGGUGGGGGCUGCUUUGUGCGUGCCCCUGAACCUGGCCCUAUAGGCCCCGCCUCAUCGAUAGGCCCCACCUCCUCCACUGGCCUCCUGCCAAGCCCCAUCUCCAGCCCAGUGGGCUUAGCCUCUGGCCUCUGUACCUCGGCGAACCUCUUUCCUACCAUUUCCUUGGCGCCCUCCAUCGACAGCUCUGGAGAGAGAAGUGUCUACAAACUUCACCAAACUGCUCCCAUUUGGGCCCCAGAGAGCCCACCUGUCCCCCAGUCCCCUACCGUGCAGGCCGGGCUAAAAGCCCGGUUUUUGGAAAAUAUGGCAGCAGCAGAAACAGAGAAGCAGGCUGUGCUGGCCCAGGGCCGGGCAGAGACACUGGCAGGGGCCACACCAGAUGAAGCAGAUGGACCUCCAGGCUCACGAGAACUGUGGGGCUCCCCAGAGCCAGCCUCUGCACCCAGAACACCCCAGAGCACUGUUCCCCGAAUCCUGCUCCAAGCCCAGCAGAGCCUUGAGCCAGAGCACAAGGAGCCACUGACACCACCAAGCCCCAAGGCUGAGCCCAUCCCGGAGAUCCCUACCCGGGUAUCCAAGCUCUGCAUUGGGGACCUGGACUUCUCAGAUCUGGGGGAGGAUGAAGAUAAGGACAUGCUGAACGUGGAGUCUGUGGAGGCUGGAAAAGGAAUACCACACCCACCACCUCUACUGCCCCUGCAAUCUGCAGGCCCCCCACCUCCUCCACCCCCACUUCCGCUAUCCAUCAAAGGCCCCUGCCCCCCACCUCCACCCCUGGCGGCCCCUCCUCCCCGCUCAGCACUUGAUGGCCCACUUCUCCCCACCAAGAGAAAGACAGUAAAACUCUUCUGGCGGGAGCUGAAGCUAGCUGGGGGUCAUACAGGCUCUGCAAGCCGCUUUGGGCCCUCCCCGACCCUGUGGGCCUCCCUUGAGCCUGUUUCAGUGGACACAGCACGGCUGGAACACCUCUUUGAGUCACGAGCCAAAGAUGUGUUACCUUCCAAGAAAGCUGGUGAGGGCCGCCGAACAAUGACUGUAGUACUGGACCCCAAGCGCAGCAAUGCCAUCAACAUUGGUCUAACCACUUUGCCACCUGUGCAUGUCAUUAAGGCUGCCCUGCUCAACUUUGAUGAAUUUGCUGUCAGCAAGGAUGGCAUUGAGAAACUACUGACCAUGAUGCCCACGGAGGAAGAGAAGCAGAAGAUCCAGGAAGCCCAGCUAGCCAACCCUGAUGUGCCCCUGGGCCCAGCUGAGAAUUUCCUGAUGACUCUUGCUUCCAUUGGGGGCCUGGCUGCCCGCCUACAACUCUGGGCCUUCAAGCUGGACUAUGACAGCAUGGAGCGGGAAAUUGCAGAGCCACUGUUUGACCUAAAAGUGGGCAUGGAACAGCUGGUACAGAACACCACCUUCCGCUGCAUCCUGGCUACCCUGCUGGCUGUGGGCAACUUCCUCAAUGGGUCCCAGAGCAGCGGCUUUGAAUUGAGCUACCUGGAGAAGGUGUCAGAAGUGAAGGACACGGUGCGCCGGCAGUCACUGCUGUACCAUCUCUGCUCUCUGGUACUCCAGACUCGGCCUGAUUCCUCCGACCUCUACUCAGAGAUCCCUGCCCUGACCCGCUGUGCCAAGGUGGACUUUGAGCAGUUGACUGAAAACCUGGGGCAGCUGGAGCGCCGGAGCCGGACAGCUGAGGAAAGCUUGCGGAGCUUGGCCAAGCAUGAGCUGGCCCCAGCCCUGCGUGCCCGCCUCACCCACUUCCUGGCCCAGUGUUCCCGCCGUGUUGCCAUGCUGAAGGUAGUGCACCGCCGUGUCUGCAACAGGUUCCACGCCUUCCUGCUCUACCUGGGCUACACUGCACAGGCAGCUCGUGAAGUACGCAUCAUGCAAUUCUGCCACAUUCUGCGGGAGUUUGCACUCGAGUAUCGGACUUGCUGGGAACGGGUACUGCAGCAUCAGAAGAAGCGAGCCACUUACCGUGAACGUAACAAGACCCGGGGACGCAUGAUCACUGAGACAGAGAAGUUCUCAUGUGUGACUGGGGAAGUCUCCAACAACCCAUCUGUCCCAGUGGCCGUGGGGAGUGGGCCAGGCCAGGGUGAUGCCAACAGUCAUGCCAGUAUGAAGAGUCUGCUGACCAGCAGACCGGAGAACACUACACAUGGCCGCCGCAGCAGAGGCAUGGUCCAGAGUAGCUCCCCAACUGUGUCUACAGCAGUGGGGCCCUCUACUGCACUGCCUGAUGAACCCCCAGGCUCGAGUUUACCCAGUGAUACAUCAGAUGAGAUCAUGGACCUAUUAGUGCAAUCAGUAACUAAGAACAGUCCUCGAGCCUUAGCUGCUCGAGAAAGGAAGCGUUCCCGUGGCAACCGAAAAUCUUUGAGACGGACGUUGAAGAAUGGGCUUGGAGACGACCUGGUGCAGGCACUAGGACUGAGCAAGACUCCUGGACUGGAGGUGUGAGGGUGCUGCCUCCACUGAUCCUGUCGUAUACGAGACUGUAGAACAAAGAGGGCCCAGCACAGAAUUCCGGUCCCAGAACCUUGUGCUCAGGGGCCAGUGCUUUUAGCAGUAUUAGGUGUGUGUGUGUGUGUGUGUGUACAUGCGUGUAUGUGAGCUCCCUACUCAAGGGGCAAAAUAAAGUUUUCUUAGCUAAUCUAA